UUGGGGAAACACCUGGCAAAGGUAUUGGGGGGAGACCUGGCGAAGGUAUCGGGGGAAGACCUGGCGAAGGUAUUGGGGGAAGACCUGGCGGAGGUAUUGGGGGAAGACCUGGCGGAGGUAUUGGGGGAAGACCUGGCGAAGGUAUCGGGGGAAGACCUGGUGGAGGUAUUGGGGGAAGACCUGGCGAAGGUAUCCGAGGACGACCUGGUGGACCUGGUGAAGGUAUCAGAGGACGGCCCAGAUGAGGUC